UUUUUAUUUACCAUUGUAUGAUCUUUUUAUUGUUUACGUUAGAGUAAACAAAUAAACGUCAAAUUUGCCCCUUAUUUUGCCAGCUGUUCUGUUAACCGCAACAGCAGCUGUUCUUUAAAGACAAAAUUCUCGCUUUUAAUGCAAGUUCCUUAAGAAAAAAUUAAAUUUCAUCAAAAACUUAGCACAUUACUGAAUAUAUUGGCCCUAUCGUAUAUAUACAGGAACAGGGAUAACUUAUUUAUUCAAACGAACCAAAAAACAAACAAAAAGUUUUCUAUAAAUUCGUAGAUUGUUAUUGAAAAUGAGGCGGCGCGCUGGUUUGGGGGCAAUUCAGCAGCAACAACUAGCGGCUGAAAAAUAUAAAGACAAAGGCACUAAUAUACAGGAAUCCCAACUUGAGCAGAUGACUAAACAAAUGGAAGUGUUUCGGGAAAAACUUGAAGAAUUUGCCAUCAAACAUAGGCAGGAUAUUAAGAAGAAUUCGCAAUUUCGUAAACAAUUUCAAGAGAUGUGUGCCGCUAUUGGUGUAGAUCCGUUAGCAAGUGGUAAAGGCUUUUGGAGUGUCUUAGGCAUUGGUGAUUUCUACUACGAACUCGGUGUACAGGUAGUCGAAGUGUGUUUAGCGUCCAAUCAUAAAACUGGUGGCUUGAUGGAAUUAAGUGAAUUAAGAAAAAGAUUGGUAGCGGCUCGUGGUCAAAGUUCUAUACACCAAGAGAUAACAAACGAAGACAUCUUAAUGGCUGCCAAGAAGCUGACCAUAUUUGGCAAUGGUUUUGUAGUGCAUAAGAUGGGCAAAGGCAAAUAUAUAGUUCAAUCAAUACCGGGUGAACUGAGUAUGGAAGAAAGUACCAUACUAACGAUAGCUUCCAAUACUGAACAAGGCUGUGUCACGCUUAGCAUGUUAAUGGAACAAUUGGGAUGGUCUGAAUAUCGAGCCCAACAAUCUUUGGAUAAAGUGAUUGGCGAAGGUCUUUGCUGGAUCGAUGAACAAAGCGUAGAACGAAGCUAUUGGUUUCCCAGUUUAUUUCCAGGUCGUACCUCGCAAACAAUAUAGAUAUAUAGAUUGUAUUAUGUUAUUUAUACAAAAAUAAACUAACGCUUUCAAGAAAUAAUGCGAAGUGAUUUGCACGAAUAA